GUCACCGCCGGGCCUGGCGGCACCACCGGCACCCGCAGAGGCAGCUGCAGUGGGGCCAGGGCAGAGGUGGGACGUUGUGGCUGGGACUUGCUGGUCCUGGCUGACAGGGAAAGAGGUGGCCGUGCUGGUGGUGCUGCUGGAGGUGGCUCUGAUCCCCAGGCCAGUGGGGAGCAUCGGGGGACAGCUCAGCACGAAGUGUGACACAGGUGCAGGCCGGCAUGGAGGGGGCUCGGCCGCCCACCAGCCCCGCGGGGCUCUCGGCGUACGUGGCCGUGUCUCAGCUGCUGGGCCUGACGCUUCUGGCCGCCACCGGCGCCUGGCUGGGCCGCUACCGGGGCGGGGUGUCCUGGCACAGCAGCCUCCAGUUCAAUGUCCACCCCCUCUGCAUGGUGCUGGGCAUGGUUUUCCUCCAAGGUGACGCUCUCCUGGUCUACCGGGUCUUCAGGCACGAAGCCAAGCGCUCCACCAAAGCCCUGCACGCCCUGCUCCACGGGCUGGCGCUGCUCAUCGCCCUCCUGGGUAUCGUCGCCGUCUUCGAGUCCCACCGGACCAAGGGCAUCCCCGACAUGUACAGCCUGCACAGCUGGUGUGGGAUGGCUGCCUUCGUGCUCUACCUCCUGCAGUGGCUCCUGGGCUGCGGUUUCUUCCUGCUCCCUGGUGCCUCCUUCUUGCUGCGCAGCCGGUACAAGCCCCACCACAUCUUCUUUGGCAUUGCCCUCUUCACCUUGUCCAUCGCUGUUUGCUUGCUGGGCAUCACCGAGAUGCUCCUCUUCAACAUCAGGGAUUCAUACAGCCACUUUGUGCCUGAGGGUGUCCUGGCCAACACCCUGGGGGUGCUGCUGGUGGCCUUUGGGCUGGUGGUGGGCUACGUCCUGACGCGGGACGACUGGAAGCGCCCGCCGCUGGCCGAGGAGCUGGCCCUCUCCAUGGACUUCAAGACCCUGACGGAGGGUGAGAGCCCCGGGGGUGGCAGCCAGUGAUGUCCCCAGGUCCCCUGUCCCUGGCAUGGGCUCCUCGUGCUGUCUGUGGGAUGUUCCUAUGUGCCCCAUCCCCGGUGUCUUGGGGCUCAGCUCAGGGUGACGAGGACAGCUGGGGAAGGACACACUUGGUGUGACGCUGCCUGUUGGGCUCAGCCUUGCUUGGCCUCACCCCUCCUCAGCUCUGCCCUGCACAGCCCCUGGAGACCCUCCCCACCCCCCCCGAGCCUGCCUCAGCCCCGUGGGGACAGCAGUGCCACAGGGCAGAGGCUGGCAGUGGUGCUGGGACACAAAGGACGGGGAGGUCCCCGGGCUCUGCUUUGGGGACCAGGGAAUGGGAGCCCAGAUUUCUCUGCCGAUUCCCAAAUCCUGGUCUCAGCGCCAGGGGCAGAGGGGACCUUUGCCAUCGCUGAGGUUUCCACUCACUGGCAGCCCCUUGCCCUCCAGCACGGCUGUGUGUGGGGCUGCUCCCCCCCCCCCGAGGGCUCCCUGGGGACUCGGAGGGACCUGGCCUCUGUGCAGGCUCAGCAUCUUCAUGUCUGAAAUGUUCUCCCCUCUUGUGUGAUGUGUCGUCUGCUCAGUGGAUGCUCCUGAUCUAAUAAAUGUUUGCAGCUAA